GGAAUAAAAAUCAUUUAGGGAGCAAAAUAAAAUAAUUUCGAAGUUUUCAGUAGUACAACAAGAAACUUAUGAGGACUAUCUAGUAAUUAUAGGUUGACAAAAAAUCAAGUAAUUAUAAAAAGGUUCACGGUAAAAAUAAUAAUUUAGGGAGCAAAACAAAAUAAAUUCGAAGUUUUCAGUAGUACAACAAGAAACUUCACGAGGACUAGCUAGUAAUUUUAAAAGGUUCACGAUAAAAACAAGACAAACAUAAAGACCAGGGUUUUUCCGACAAAAAUCUCAUCGAUCCACUUCCGUGUCCGUUCGAAAAAAAUAUGACCGUUGAAAGUAAAUAAAUUCCAAAAUAAAAAAUAAAUAACUCCCCUUCCUCUUCUUCAGUCUCUGUUCUUCUUCCCCCAAAACAAAAAAAAAAACUUCCUUUACUCAAAAUCGAGAGAGAGAGAGCGACAGACAAAGAUGGGUUGUGUUUCUUCAAAACCAGUGAAGAAGAAACUUGUAAGAGAGAUCCGAGUCAACAACGGCGGCGACCACAUCGUCUCCCUCACUUCAACUACUUACGGCCAUCUCGAUGUCCAGCAACGAGCAGAGACUUCUCCUAAAGGCGAUGACUUUGAAUCCGAAAGGAGAUCUAAUGCACAGAGAGAGGAUCCAGAGAUUAUCAACACGUGGGAGCUUAUGGAAGAUCUCGAAGAUUCAACGAAGAUUAGUCCCAAAUCUCGUGGGAUCUUCGGGAAAUCAUGGAAGACUCCGGUGAAAUCGAUUGUUGAAUCUCCUAAGAGGAAUGGUAGUAGUAAGAGAUUCAGGGGAAAAGAAAACAGAGGAGAGAAACAGAGUCCGAACCAGAUUCUGAAGACUCCAAAGAGAGGCGUGAUGCGUUUGAGUUUCCCUCUCAAAUCAGAAGAGAUUACGCAGAGGAGGAGGAAGAGUUUCAGUCCAAUGUUCGAUCCAGACCUCGUGGCUUCUUACGAGAGGGAGUUGUCUCAGGAGAAAGAACAGAUCAAGAUGGUGAUCUCUCCUCCAGACCCUCUCCCGGAGAAAUGUCCGCCGGGAGGAGAGAACUCGGUGGUCGUCUACAUAACGACGCUGAGAGGGAUCAGGAAGACGUUCGAGGACUGCAACGCGGUGAGAUCGAUACUGGAUUCGCACGAGGUUCGGUACUCGGAGAGGGAUGUGUCGAUGCACUCUGUUUUCAAGGAGGAGAUUAGAGGGAUCAUGGGGACGAAGCAGGUGAAGAUACCGGCGGUUUUCGUGAAGGGUAGGAUGAUAGGAAGCGUUGAGGAAGUUGUGAGGUUGGAGGAGGAGGGUAAAUUGGGUAUUUUGCUUGAGUGUAUGCCUAAGGCGAGGGUAAGCGGUUGCUGCUGCGGGUGCGGUGGGAUGAGGUUUGUGAUGUGUGGGGUUUGUAAUGGAAGCUGCAAGGUUAGGGAUGCGGAGAAGAAGGAUACGGUUAAGUGUUUGGAGUGUAAUGAGAAUGGUUUGGUUGUUUGUCCAAUGUGUUCGUAAAAGAGGUUUCUUCUUUUUCAGUUUUGUCCUAAUUUUGUUGUGAAAAUUGGGUGAGACUGUAAGAGGGUUGACUUAACUUUGGAGGCUAACUUUUUGCAUUUGAAUCUUGAUGGGUAGAAUCUAAUGAUUUGUGAGAGAGUUUCUAAAGUUGGGUUUAAUGUUUCUUGGUGUGUACUAGUAACUGAAUCUGUGGUUUAAUGUUUGUAAACGUUUUUAUAAUAAAGAUUCAAUUUAUUUUGUA